UGCUGUACGGCUGAAGCCGUGUUCCGCUGCAACGUGGGGUUGUUUUGUGUUUAUGACAUUUCUCUCUUGUAAAACGGCUGAUGUAAUCCCUUAAAACAUAACAAACUCCGUGGAAAUUUGCACUUGUCCCUGAAGUAAGAGAUGGGGAAACCAAAGAAAAGGAGUGAUCUCAGCCGGGCGGAGCUGAUGAUGAUGACCAUAGCUGAUGUUAUCAAACAGCUGGUUGAAGCUCACGAAGAGGGCAAAGAUAUUAAUCUAAAUAAAGUGAAGACAAAGACUUCAGCUAAAUAUGGACUUGAAGCUCAGCCACGAUUGGUUGACAUUAUCGCUGCCGUUCCACCACAGUAUCGUCGUGCUCUGGUGCCAAAGCUGAAGGCCAAACCCAUCCGCACUGCCAGUGGGAUUGCAGUUGUGGCUGUGAUGUGCAAACCUCAUCGAUGUCCACACAUCAGCUUUACUGGCAACAUCUGCGUUUAUUGUCCUGGUGGCCCAGACUCGGACUUUGAGUACUCUACACAGUCUUACACCGGCUAUGAGCCAACAUCAAUGAGAGCGAUCCGAGCCCGCUAUGAUCCCUACCUGCAGACCAGGCAUCGAGUGGAGCAGCUGAAGCAGCUGGGUCACAGUGUGGACAAAGUGGAGUUCAUUGUGAUGGGAGGGACCUUCAUGGCUCUGCCUGAGGACUACAGAGACUACUUCAUAAGAAACCUGCAUGAUGCGUUGUCAGGACACACAUCCAACAACGUGGCAGAGGCCGUCAGGUACUCUGAGCGUAGCAACACCAAGUGUGUAGGAAUAACCAUCGAGACGCGGCCCGACUACUGCCUGAAGCGACACCUCAGCGACAUGCUGGGCUACGGCUGCACGCGGCUGGAGAUAGGAGUCCAGAGUGUGUAUGAAGAUGUAGCUCGUGACACCAACAGAGGCCAUACGGUGCGGGCUGUUUGUGAGUCUUUUCACCUUUCAAAGGAUGCCGGCUUCAAAGUUGUUGCCCACAUGAUGCCGGAUCUGCCUAACGUGGGCAUGGAGAGGGAUGUGGAGCAGUUUAUCGAGUUUUUUGAGAAUCCAGCGUUCAGGCCCGAUGGUUUGAAGCUGUACCCAACACUGGUGAUCCGGGGCACAGGUCUGUAUGAGCUCUGGAAGACGGGACGGUACAAGAGCUACACACCCAGUGCCCUGGUAGACCUUGUGGCUCGCAUCCUGGCUCUGGUACCACCCUGGACUCGAGUCUACCGGGUGCAGAGGGACAUCCCCAUGCCGCUGGUGAGCUCUGGAGUGGAGCACGGCAACCUGAGAGAGUUGGCUCUGGCCAGGAUGAAGGACAUGGGCACUGAGUGUCGAGAUGUCCGAACCAGAGAAGUUGGCAUUCAGGAGAUCCACCACAAAGUCAGACCUUACCAGGUGGAGCUGGUGCGGAGAGAUUAUGUGGCGAAUGGUGGCUGGGAGACCUUCCUGUCCUACGAGGAUCCUGAGCAGGACAUCCUGAUAGGCUUGCUCCGUUUGCGUCGCUGCUCUCCACAGUCCUUCCGUCCAGAGCUCAAAGGAGACGUGUCUAUUGUCCGUGAGCUGCAUGUCUAUGGGAGCGUGGUGCCUGUCAGCAGCCGAGACCCCAGCAAGUUCCAGCACCAGGGUUUUGGGAUGAUGCUGAUGGAGGAGGCAGAGAGAAUCGCCAGAGAUGAGCACGGCUCAAGUAAACUGGCUGUUAUCUCAGGUGUGGGAACACGGAACUACUACAGGAAGAUGGGCUAUGAGCUGGAGGGGCCAUAUAUGGUGAAGGACCUGUAUGGACCUGAAGUGGACUGAGAAAGGAAAAGGCUUUUUUUCUGGACGUUUUUUUCUGGAUGUUUACUGGCAAAAGUACUUGCAAAUAUUAUUUAUCAAGGUAAUAUUCUCAGGACAUGCUAGCUGCUGUUUGAGACUUUUCUUCUAGCAUCAGAGAAUAUAACAGUUGGGUUGCUUUCUAUUUUAAGUGCACAUUUCCUCCUCUUGAACAUGAGAGGACAGAGUGAAAGGGUGUUGAAAAUAACAUGCAGGUAUCCUUACUCCACCACACGAACAGAGUGUUUUAAUGCUCUUAAAUGAAUCAUACUUUUUGGUUGAAGGAAAAUUUGAUUCUGUUGGUAUUUUUCAGAUAUUUUUUACACUUUUUAUCUGGCAGAAGAAACAUGUUUAGUAUCACAGUUGGAGUCCAUCAUGUUUAUGUUGCAAUUAAAUAUAAAGCCUAUUAUGAGCCGAGUAUUCGUUAAUGGUUGGCAGUGGAUGAAUGAACAGUGGGAAGUAUCCUCGCUGGGCAGCCGUUGUGUAAUUGCACAUUUUAAAUUUAUAGGGCAGGAAAUUGAAUAUUAGCGUUACAUAAAUAGCUUUUUAAAGCCUCACAGUUAAUCCUGUUUCUUGUUUUUCUGUCAUGCAUCCUUGGGCUUCAUGUGUUCUGGCUGCACACAUCACUUGACCAUUUAAUUUUGAAGAAUAAAGUAUAUUUCUGUUA